AUGUCUUUGUACCAUGAGGUGCUAGAUCCGCUUAAAGGUCGCAGUGCCGUGGCUUCUAUAGCGCUUCCGGCUGGCUCUCGUGUCCUCCAAACGUUUGCGACAAGUGCCGUGUCUUCUCCUUCUUCUUGUGGCUCGUGUUUCGUGUCCCAAGUCUCUCUUUCCCGUUGUGCAGGCUGCCGGAUAGCUUGCUACUGCUCUCGUCGGUGUCAACAGCUUGAUUGGCCUCAACAUCGUUGGGAAUGUCAAGCCUGGCGCUCGAUUCCAGCUGCCCACGCUUCACCCACGUUGUUGCUGGUCACUCGACUCGCUUUCAAGCUGUUUCGGAGCUCUAAGAUUACUGAAGAAGCGAGGAAUGCAGUGCUGAAGCUGUGUCAUCAUUUACUCGACCACUCGGGAGAGAAGCGUCAAGUGUUUGACGAUAUGACGCAGUUGGUGCUGCUGCUUUUGUCACGAUACAAAGCGUCUGCGAAGCAGCAGAUUCCGAGCUUUGACGAGCUUGAAAACGAUCUGAAGACGGAGAUCCUGAAGCUGUUUGGACGCGUCAAUUGCAACGCUUUCUCGAUAGCAAAUAGCGUGACAAAUGAGUCACUGGGCAUCGGACUGUUCCCUGAAGGCGCGUUGUUCAAUCAUGACUGUGAUCCGAAUAGUAUUGUGAGUUUCAAGGGACGAGAGAUGCUCGUGCAUGUGGUGAAAGAUGUUGCAGCAGGACAAGAGAUCACAGUCUCGUACGUGGAGUUGCUACAAUCGACACAGGCGAGACGAAGCGAAUUGAAAAAGUCGUACUUCUUCGACUGUGAGUGUGCACGGUGUCAAGCAGCCUUAGAGGAGGAAGCGGGCAGUGUGAAGGAUGAGUGGUAUCUGGAUGGCUUGGUGUGCACCCACAAGGAAGGCGGGGUAUGUGGAGGUGUUGUCGUGGUGGAAAAGACACUGGAUUGUACCGUUGGCUGUGCAGUGUGUAAAUUGUGCGGUCGCGAGCGAGAUGGAAGGGAGAUUGAUCGAUGUGAGAAGCUGCUGAAGAGCUUUGAAGCGCUCGGUGUUGAUUCAGAGCAGCGAAAGUGGGAGGCGUAUCAACAAAAGUGGAAACUCGUGACGCAGCAGCUUCAGCUACACCCACGGAAUGCCCGCGUAGCUGCAAUGGCUCGCGAAAUUGGCAACUUUCUGUGUGGAGCGACGUCUUCGGAGUUGCGACGCCUGGCCUUGCCAUUCUUUGUAGCAGAGCUGCAUGCAGUCGAGUGGUUGCUGCCGAAGACGAAGCUUCCGUCACGAGGGCUCCUGCAUUUCCAAAUCGGGAAACUGAUGUUUGAGGAGGUGGAGUCAUUGACUGGUACUUUGUCCCGCGCGGAUCAAGUUGACCGACUUGAAAGCGCUGCAAAGCAUCUCCACAAGUCUCUAUCUAUACUGACGUUCGCUUACGGAAGCGAUAGUACUGCCGUCCAAUCUGCACAGCUGCUCCUCGAUGAAAUGCAACGCUCAUCCCAUCAGCUUCUCUAG